UUCAAUACAUUAGGUAUGCGUAUAGAAUUCAGCACAGUCAUUUAUUUCGAAUAGUAUUGCCUAAAAUAUAUGGACUGAUAGUUAAAAUUUAACAAAUUUAACAAGGACUUUAUAAAAAUGUCAUGCAUAAUAUACGAGUUGUGUAAUACUUAUAUAUAAUAUAAUAUUAUAUAUGUAUGUUUAAUGUUCAGUUGGACUAAACGUCGCAGGGAACAUACCACAGUAAGCCAGAAAGCGAAACGGAAUCGGGCCGAUAUGCUGUGACUAUACACGUGAAGAGUGACGCAGUUUCCAUAUCCGGAUCUGUUGAUGACGUCAUCACAUGUCGAAACGCACCAACCGGAAGUCAACCCGUUCUUAACAGAUCAACAUCACUUAAUCGAACAUGGUUAAGUGAUAUUUCACAGCGAAGUAAAGCAGACUAUAAUGUGAACAGCUCAAAAGCCACAACAUCGGAAAGGAAAAUACACCCUAGACAUCAGUGUUGUACACAGUUGUGCGAUUCAAAUUUGUGUUACUAUAAAUAUCACAGUGACGUAUUUGGAUUCCAGCACGUGACACCACGUGUCAACGGUUUCCAGGUCAAACGCUGUCUUCCUAGAUCAAGUCUGCCUGAUCUUCUGGACGCUUAUUACCUUGAAGAGAAACUUAUUCACUCAAAGUCUGUAGACGACUUCUUACACCAGAUUGAAGAACUCGAAAGGACAAGCUCUUCAUCAGCACGAAAAUGUAACGUGGAACCAUUCCGGCAGUUUUCUCCAAUAAAACCAAUCACUGACAAAACUACCAGAAACAAUAAAACCGGAACCGGAAGUAUGUCGGAAGACCACGUGACAGGUUCCUUAAACCCGGCUUACGUUCCGGAUACAGACGAGGAAACAGUGCGCCAAGAUGGUGAUAACAAAAGACAUACCUAUGUUGUUCCUGACAGCGGCAACAAGGAUGAAACUGUUGUUGAUAUACCAAAAGAAGGAAAUGGCCAGACAGGGACGGUUGGUGAUAUUCUCCGGAAGAGCCCCGCACAGGCCAGAGACAUUGCAAUAUCCAUCACAGACCACAGUACAGAACAACACAAGAUGGACCCAAAUAACAAGGAAAAUGACAAUACUACGUCGUCCAAUGACAAUAAACAGUCAUCCAAUGGCGACGCGCAAAAGAAGCCACUUCAACUGAGGCAGUCUGUAGCAGCAAGUCUACGGAAACGUGAACAGGCGCCAGACCUUGACGAAAACUAUUUACGUAAUACGUUACGUUAUUCUGAGCAACAAAUCAAAGGUCGGAAUCUCCUUUAUAUGAAGAUGGGACCACCGUCAGGUACAGACACACUGAAAGUUGAACUAUCAGAUUCCGAUCUGGUACCCCAGCGGACUUCGAGUAUACCACGUGGGUAUUUCGACACCAAGAAACCAAUAACGGAUGAAGAUUCAAAAUGGCUUCACUGGAUUGAAGUGAAGUUCAUGGAGAUUGCGGGUGACGAUGGUGAAAUAGACAGGGACGAGUUUAAGAAGGCCCUCGGAGUUAAAAAGUCGUUCUUCGCCGAGCGGUUCUUCGAGCUUUUCGACCAGGACGCUAGCGGGACGAUUGAGAUGAAUGAACUCAUGGACGGACUGCGCAUGCUCACUAAGGGAACACCAGCACAGAAACUUCAGUUCCUGUUUGACGUUUAUGACGCUGACGGUAGUGGAAGUAUAGAUCGUGAUGAGUUAAUGGAGGUGUUAAAAGCCUGCAUGGAGGAGAGCUCACUAUCGCUCACAGAAGACAAUCUUGAGGACCUGACGGACGCUCUCUUCGACGCUGCGGAUGAAGAUGAGUCAGGGACGAUAACUUUUGAAGAAAUGAGAGACGAGUUGGAGAAACAUCCGGGUGUUAUUGAAAAUCUGACAAUAAGUGCUGCCCAGUGGCUGAAACCACCCAGUAAACAGAGUUCAGAUAAAACAUGGCGGCGUUACUUUACGGCAGAUUACCUGAAGAACAACUUACGUAAAGUGGUAUUCUUUCUCGUGUACUGGAUAGUGAAUGUCGUGCUGUACAUCUUGGGAGCGUACAACCAUCGUGAUCAUAACUGGGCCUACAUGUUUGCACGUGGUGCUGGCCUUUGCCUGAACUUCAACUGCAUGUGGAUCCUUGUGCUCAUGCUCCGGAAGUGCAUUACGUUCGCGCGGAUGACGCAACUGUGUCACGUGCUGCCGUUCGAUCAGCACAUACUGUUUCACAAGAUGACGGGGAUCGCCAUCGUGAUCUUUACAGCUAUGCACACUUGCUCACAUAUUGGAAAUGCCUUGAUAGUCGAAAAUGAGACCAACAUCACUUCUUGGGAGAUACUGUUUACGCCGGAACUCGAAUUAGGAUUGGCCAAGGGGGCGGCAUUUAUAACCGGCUGGAUACUAAUUGCGGUGUUGACAGUCAUGGUUGUGUGUUCAUUGCCUUUUGUGAGGGCAAGUGGCCAUUUCCAGAUCUUCUACUGGACUCAUACGUUGUACGUGCCAUUCUGGAUCCUGCUCAUCCUUCACUGUGAAAACUUCUGGAAGUGGUUUAUUGCACCGGGCGUUCUCUUCAUCCUCGAGAAAAUAUCAAGGUCCAAACUCAUCAAAUUUGCGAGAUAUGGGGAUAUAUUCAUAGAGGAAGUUAACCUCCUACCAUCAGGGGUGACCCACUUGGUUAUAUCACGGCCGAGCAACUUCAGAUACAAGCCAGGAGACUACAUCUUCAUACAGAUACCUUGUAUCGCUAAGUACGAGUGGCAUCCCUUUACUAUCAGCUCAGCACCGGAAAUGGAAGGUAGCAUCUGGUUACACGUCCGGUCGGCGGGACACUGGACUAACAAGCUUUACAAAUACUUUGAGGACUAUGAAGAAAAAGAGGCUAUAGAUGUAGAGUCCAGGACACGCUCUCGCCGCACAACCAUGAAGAAGUUUGAAAAUAUAGAAAGGGGUUAUUCCCGUAGAAACACAAAAGCAAAGCUGACUAUGAAAAAGAGCAAACCGCGCGAGAAGAAUAAAGUUGUGAAGGUCAAGUGUUACAUAGACGGACCUUACGGCACGGGAACAAGGGAGGUGUUCGAUACCGAUCAUGCUGUCCUCAUAGGUGCAGGAAUCGGGGUCACCCCAAUGGCUUCCAUCCUACAAAGCGUGUGGUAUAGAUUCAGUGCCACUAAACAGCAGUGCCCGAGUUGUGAACACACCUGGUAUCCGGAGGACGAAUCAAUGGAUAUGAAUCUUAAAAAGGUUGACUUUAUCUGGAUCAACCGUGACCAGCGCAGUUUUGAAUGGUUCCUCACUCUCCUGAACCAGAUAGAAAUGCAACAAAGCGAACACCAUGGCCGCCUUGAGAACUGUAUCCAGAUGCACAUGUAUAUGACAGCCGCGCAGAAGAAAACUGACAUGAAGGGUAUUGGAUUACAGGUUGCGCUGGACCUCAUGUACGAGAAGAGUCAACGUGACCUGAUAACGGGUCUCCGGACGAAGACAGAACCUGGCCGGCCGGAUUGGACAAAGAUCUUCAAAGGGAUAAAAGCGGAAAAACAUGGCAAAGUAAAGGUGUUUUUCUGCGGAGCACCAGCAUUGGGAAAAACUGUGAAAGAAAAAUGUGCCCAGUUCAGCUUUGCUUUUUCAAAGGAAAACUUCUAAUCCGAUGAAAACUGCUCAAUAUAAUUUCGCUUUUUUUAAAUGAAAUUAGCUGAAUUCUUCAACGUCGCAUUUUGCAAGAAAGAAAAACUGCCAAUUGAAAAGUUAUAGUGAAUUCGACGAAGAAACUUCUUAUUAAGGAGAACAUGUGCUCAGUUCAACUUCUUUCCCAGAAGUAUUUUACUUCUAAGUGAAGGAUACUUGUUUAUGUUGCAUUAAUAAUUAAUAAUCCCGGUUCAAACCAAGGAAUGUGAUCAACUUUACGUCAUCUGGGAGUAUUGAAUGUGUAAAUAGUUGGACAUAGUACAAUUAAAUGCCCCAAUUUCUCGAACCAUCUCAAGGCCCUUAUAGGAAUGACGUCACCAUUACGUCAUAUGUACUUCCGUUGUGUGGAAAAUUUUCAAUAAUAAAAAAAUGUUCUUAUGAUUGAUAGACAUGUUUUCACAUGCUCAAUACACUGUAAAUCAAAACUAUCAUUAUUCCUGAAACUUUUUUACCUUAAGUAUCUAUUCUUGCUUGAUUUAUCAUUUAGAGUAGAGAUUAAAGCAUAAACCGCUGCCCUAUAGUUGAAAGGUCAUUUUGGAAGAUCUGUCAUGGCGGACGGUGCAAUUUUUAGAGUUGUUUUUCAAGUGGAGUGAUUUUUCUUAGGAAUAACUUGACACCCCUUUUUUAUUGGCUUAAAAGGUAAUUUAAAGCAUGUACUUUAAAAAUAUAUGUGGUUAUCAUAGCCUGCGUUCUCUCAAAAUGCCUUUAAAUGUUGUCUAAAAAUUAUAAUUUUACAUUGAAUUAUAUAGGGAAUAACAAUGGUGGUGUGUAACCUAAAACAUUAUCAAGUUAUUCUCACUAUUUUCGUUUUUUUGUAUUAUUUAUGUAAUAUUUACAGUAAAACUGCGAACUCUCGAACAGGCGGUCGUUCAAGAGUUGGCGAUCGGUCGAGGUACAGGCUUAGUUACGACUAUUUUCCUUCUUUGUUCACAUAAAAUAUGCUGACGAUGGAUCGAAACAUAUAUUUAGGUCGAGGACUCGCGCUCGAGCUCCAUUGCCGGUCCCAAAUGCAUAAAUAAUGCGUAAAAAAUUAUGAAUACAUCGAGGUCAUAAUUUCACACACUUACGUUUUUGUAUAAUGUGGGUAGUACAUGUAUUUACAUUCUUAAGUGUUUUUGGUCUUUAAAAUGAAAAUUAUUUUUAUGGUAAUUUUGAUACACUAAAUGUUCUUUCGUAAAAUCAAGAUUAAGUAUGGAAUUUGGCUUGAUGGAAUCAGCUGUUUAAGCUUCUUACACUUAAGCGCUUACGAGAAAUUUGCGCUAUGUUAUAAUAUGUGUGUAUUGUUUGAAUUUCGGUACUUAUUCAAGAACGAUUUGAAAUGCAUUUGCAUCUGUAUGUUUAAAAUAAUAUUGAAUCUCAUUGAACAUUUUACGUUCUGUAAAUGACCUUUUUUUUCUCGGAAAAACUACAAUCAUAUUUAUUAAAAUAUCAUACAAAAUACUAUUUGUAAUACCCAUUACCAUUUGUAAUAUCCAUUACCAUUUGUAAUAACCAUUACCAUUUGUAAUGCACAUUACCAUUUAUAAUACACAUUACCAUUUGUAAUACCCAUUACCAUUUGUAAUACCCUACGCUUCUGAGUGAUCGUUUAUAUUUUGAUAUUCAAUUCAUUCGCUGUUUGAUAUCAUCACUUUUAAGUUGUAGUUUUCAUUGUUAUCUGAAAUCCAUUUUAAUAUAGUACCUUCACUAUUAAGUGAUGACUCAUAAUAUUUUACCUUAAAUCCAUUUUUGAUAUGAUAUCUACGUUCGCUUUUAAGUGAUCGUUUACAUUUUGACCUGAAAUUCAUUUAUAAUAUGAUAUGUACGCUUAAAAGCUGCACUCUCACAGAUUGAACGGUUUGACAACUUUUUAAUUUUUUGACUUGAAACGAGCCAAUUUUUGCGAAAAUCCAUAGAAACCAGUUAUAUAAGACUGCUGACAAAAAUUAGAUCGCAGAUUUUUAUAUUUAAGUUCAAAAACUGAUGUUUUAUGCAUUUUUCUUAAACCGUUAGUAACGGUUUAAACCAUAAAACAUUAAUUUUCGAAUGGACAUAUGAAAAAUUGCGAUCAGAUCUUUUGUCAGCAAUCUUAUAUCACUGGUUUGCAGAUAUUUAGGGAAAAAUUUGCUCUUUCCUAGACAAAAAAUAAAAAGUUGUAAAAUUAUAAAUCUGUGAGAGUGCAGCUUCAAAUUUGUUGUUUUGCAUUUUUAUCUGAAAUCUUUUUUGAUACGAUAUCUACGAAUUUAAGUCAUCGGUAACAUUAUAAUCUACAAUUCAUUUUUAAUCUGAUAUUUUCACUUUUAAGUGAUCGCUUGGACUAAUAUCUGAAAUCAAUUUUUGAAAUAAUAUCUAAGAUUUAAAGUGGUCGUUUGCAUUGUCUGGAAUGCUUUUUUAAUGUGAUGUCUACGCUUUUAAGUGGUCGUUUGCAUUGUCUGGAAUGCUUUUUUAAUGUGAUGUCUACGCUUUUAAGUGGUCGUUUGCAUUGUCUGGAAUGCUUUUUUAAUGUGAUGUCUACGCUUUUAAGUGGUCGUUUGCAUUGUCUGGAAUGCUUUUUUAAUGUGAUGUCUACGCUUUCAAUAUGAUGUUUUUUUAUUUUGAUUUUACAUGCGUUUUUAACCGUACUAUGUUUGCCUCUAAGAGGUAUUUUGCAUUUUAUUUGAAAUACAUUUUUGAUAUAAUAUCUUUGCUUUUAUCGUUUGCAAUCUAAUGUCUGAAAUCCUUUUUAUAUGAGAUAUUCAGUUUUAAGUGGACCUUUGCAUGGUUUUCUGGACAUUUAUGCGAAAAACUACAGAAACAAGCUCAGAAGCAAAAAGUUUAAACAUUAACACUCCGGUUUAAUGAUACCUUUACCUUUAAUUGAUCGUUUGCAUUGAUUUCUAAAAUUUAUUUCUAAUAUGACAUCUUUAAGUGAUGAUUUUAAUUGAUAAUUAAAAAAAUUAAUAUGAUACCUACGGUUUUAACUGGUCGUUUACAUUGUUAUUUGAAAUGUUUAAUAUGAUAUCUUUAAUUUUAAGUGAUCGUGUACAUUGUUAUCUGAAAUCCAUAUUAUAAUAUGAUAUCUUCAAUUUUAAGUGACCGUGAACAUUGUUAUCUGAAAUCCAUUUUUAAUAUGAUAUCUUCAAUUUUAAGUGACCGUGAACAUUGUUAUCUGAAAUCCAUUUUUAAUAUGAUAUCUUCAAUUUUAAGUGACCGUGUACAUUGUUAUCUGAAAUCCAUUUUUAAUAUGAUACAUGUAUCUUCAAUUUUAAGUGACCGUGUACAUUGAUAUCUGAAAUCCAUUUUUAAUAUGAUAUCUUAACUUUUAAGUUUUCGUUUAACAUUGAUUUCUGAAAUUCAUUUUUAAAAGAGAUAUUUAUUUUUAUGUUGGCCUUUGCAUUUGAAAUCACGUUUUAAUAUGAUAUUUUCACUUUUAAGUGGGCCUUUACGUUGUUUUCUGGAAUCCAUUUUUAAUAUGAUAUCUCCACUUUUUAGUGAUCGUUUGUUUUGAUAUCUGUAAUCCAUUUUUAUAUGAUUUCUACGGUUUUAUGUGUUCGUUCACAUUAUAAUCUGAAAUGCAUUUUUAAGUGGUCGUUUGCAUUGUUAUCUGAACUAUUUUUUUAUAUGAUAUUUUCCCUUUUUUGAUUGUUUGCAUCUCAUCUAAAAUCCAUUUUUAAUGUGAUAUCUUCACUCUUAAGUGAUCGUUUGCAUUGAUAUCUGAAAUCCAUUUUAAUAUAAUAUCUUUGCUUUUAAUUUGUUACUUUGCAUUUUGACCGUACAUGUAUUUUUAAUAUACUUUUGUGUUAUGUUUUUUUUAUAUCUAAAUUUUAUUCAAUGACCUAAACUCUCUUUGUACUUUUAAUGUUCUUGUUUGUAAGAUGCAGUUUUAUAUGUUUUGAUGAUAGUGUUUUUGUUUGUUAAUUUAUGUGCAAUUUUCUAUCAAACUUGUAAGACUUGAACAAUGACAUUCUUUACCAUUAUGUUUUCAGAUUGUCUUGUAUUGUUUAACACUUUUCUGAAAUGUGUAGUUGACUAAUAUAUGUUUGUUUUAUAUUAAAAUACAGAUUACAAAUACUUAUUUUAGUUAAGGAAA